AUGUGGCGUGAGCCUCCCACGGCAAACAAAACUGCAAUCGAAAAGGACUCUUCCGCUGCUGCGCGCUCGUCCAUCGGUCGCCGAGGACGUGCUUAUCGAGCGCGUCGCUCCGGUGUUCUAUCUUCAUUUCACUCACAAAUAAUCAAUGAACUCCGAGGCGGCACUUCUGGUACUACGUUAAACCCCAGUGCAAGUGCGGAUCGAACCCCUGCUCGGUCUCCUAUUUUGGCCAAUGGCAUCAGUGAAGAUGGAAUGACUUUGGAACAAAGUCGACGUGAGGCGUUUGGUCGGGUUCCCCAUCCUCCGCGUGUGCAUAUGCACCGAGCAUUGGACGCCCCCAGCCGACAGAACAGGAGUACUCGCGAUCAAGCCUUGACAGAUCUCCUCGAUCGCUAUGAACCUAUCAACCCGAUUACCGGCUCAUUCGCCCCCAGUUUCGCCCCUGCUCUCGCAUACCAUACCAAUGCUACUCGUUCCAGCAGCGUUCGCCUUCCGCCUUUGCUUCGCACCGACAGUCAUGGCGAUGACGCCGCCUUGAUGCAGUCCAGCAUGCCGCCGGACGUACGCCAAUACCGGUCCGCCAGUUCUCAUGCUCAAAAUCGGGGGCCCGGCACAGAUGGUGCCAUGGAUGGACUGGGUGACCGCGAGCGCAGCCCAACCUUAUACGAAGGUGAUGCUGAUGCGUGGGAAACUUUGUUGUCGACCAUCACCCCCGAUGCCAACCUUCCCUCGACCGAUACUUCCUUCGCUUCGACCUCAGCUUCUGCGGCUUCCAGACCUUCCCCUCCCCCGGCGUUGGGUUAUAGACAUGCCCCUCGUGCACAUGCGGUGCUUGACCCCUAUCCGGAUCACCUCAACCCCUGCGACUUCUCUUCUUCGGAUGAUGACGAUACGCCUGCCAACUACCACUCAUUCAUGGGCCCAGGCGGGGCUAUGGCACUUCGACGUUUCCAAGAUCGUAACUCGACUUUGAGUGUUCAUCCUCCUCUCCUCCCAAUCCCACUCUCUCUUUCCGACCAGCGCCGGCAAAGCGAUGAAAUUCAACAGAUGCAGGUCAUCCUGGAUCGACUUGCCCGCCGUGAGGACAUUCCUGACGAUUUGUGGGCGGCAGUGGGUCUUACACGCACACUUCAUCGUGGUCUUAAUGCUAGCAUGGAUUCCACUGAUACUGAAGGCCCUUCCCGAUCAGGCGGCCAUUGA